AUGGCGGCCAUGGCUCUUUCGUUUAGCGGCAUGACGGAUGGUAUGCUCGACGUGUCGGGAGGGGAGAACUCCCUGCUGGAUCGAAUCGAUGAGUUGGACACCUACAACCAGCAGAUGUCCCGGCUGGGGGAGGUGCGGCUGCUGCAGCUUCGCCAUGCCAAGGAGCAGCUUCUACAAAAGAGGCGGAGAGCAGCCAGCGACGAGGGUGAGGUCAGCGUCGUGGACUUCUCCUGUCGCACGCCCUCCGCCAGCUCCACAGCCCCUGCACCGGUACAGGCUUGCUCGCCAAGCAAGGCCUCCGAAAGGUCGGGCGAGAGCAUGGAUACCACGACUGCAGCCACGAUCUUGGCAAAGAACCGCGAGCUCUCCUCCGAAUUGGCAGCGAAGGUGCGGGAGGCAGAGAGAUACAAGCAGCAGUUGGUGUUGCAGCAGGUGCAGCAGAACUACGCUCCGCCAAAGAUUCAGAAGGAGGUGCCACAGGCAAAGCCAGUCAGUGCGCCUGCAAGGGAGCAGGUCCUUGUGCAAGCCUGCAGCAAGGCCAGCGAGGAUGCUGCUGCAACCCUGCGCGGCGCAGCGCGGGUGCCGGCCCAACUUCAAGCGCGAGGCCCGCCAGCUGCGAGCUCACCUUUGAAGAGGCUCACGGAAGAGGCGGCCAUGGCGAGGGAGGAAGCAAGGCGAUCCUGCAAGGACGAGCUUCUGAGCUGGGCGUCCCACCUGGAGGCGCGGGCCGAAGAUUUUUUUGCAACAGAGCUCAAGACGGCGGCUGCUCUGACCAAGGAGGAGGCCAAGGCCUCACAGGAAGCGCUCCGCCAGUCAUUGGCCCUGGAGCUGAAGGAAGAGAUGGCGGCGGCCAGUGACGCAAUCCAGGAGAGAGCACAGCUGCGGGUCUUCGCUGCCCGCAAGGAAUGUCGCUCCGAACUCCGCAUGUUGCGCCAAGAGCAGGAAGCCGCCAUGAAUCUGGCGACGGACGAGCAGUGUGCGGAAAUGGCCUUCCAAACCAAAGUUCAAGGCACCGAGCAGGCGAUGAAGCAAGCAGCUCAACAGGAGCACGCGCGACUGCGGCAAAUCAAGGAAGGUGAGCAGCAGCUGGCCACUGCAAGGGCGAAGUUGGAUGAGGAGCAGCAGCAGCUGCGACGAAUGAGGGAAGUGAGCGAGACGCAGCUGGCCACCACGACAUCUCAGUUGGAGGAUGCCGCGAGUCAGCUGUCACGCCUGGAGGCCGCACAGCAGCGGACGCGGGAGGAAAUGGCUGCCCAUCACAGUGCGGCGGCAUCUGCCUGGAACAGAAGCCUUGCAUCUGCGCAGGCUGCACGAGCUCAGGCCGAAUCUGUGCUGAAAGCCGCGUCGAAGACGUGGGAGUCCUGCCAUGCAACAGGGCCACAGCAGAAACACCCUUUGCCCAGGCUGACCGCAGCGGCUUCGCAGACUGACGCCAGCAGCGACAUGCUGGAGCUCGACGAUGUUGCCCACGAGGUUGAGAAGUUCCUGAACUACCGUCCGGCUGACGUGAAGGACUUCGUGCACGAUGAGUUGCCCAGUGCCUCUGUGCAGCUGCUCUCUACAACGACCUCCUUCGAGUCGGACGGAGGUGCGGCCACCGACAGCGGGGGAAGCUCGUCAAUGCCUCUGGUCUACGCGGCUGCGCUGGAAGGCAUCGAGACACAUGGCUGGAGUGCCGUCUACCCCUUGGACGACCCUCCCGCCUGGACCAUCCUUCACUGGGCAGCCAUGGAAGGUCGCUUGGAGAUUUGCCGUCGACUGCUGGCUGCGGGCGCCGACCCUUUCUGUGAGGACGAGCGCGGCUGGACGCCCCUGGACUGUGCGGAGGAAGCCGGUGAGGCUGAGGUUUGCAACCUCCUCUUGCACCAUGGCUCGAGUGCCGAUGCCCAGGAUGCCCUGCACCCUGUGCUGGCAGCAGCGGUCACAGCUGUGGAGAACUACGGUUGGCAGGCUGUGCAUGAAGGCCGUUGCGAGUGGACAGCGCUGCACUGGGCAGCAUCCGAGGGCAACAAGGCCUUGUGCGCGCGCUUGCUGCUCCAUGAUGCAGAUCCCACCCAGGUGGAUCAGGCGGGGCACAGCGCGCUGGACUAUGCCCGAGACGCCGGGCACCGCAUGACGUUUGAGUUGCUUUGGCAAGCAAAGCAGCGGCGCCUGCGACCGGCAGCUUCAGCUCCUCCUGCGAAGCAGGAGUUGGAGCCCUCGGCUCUGCCUUUGCAUGGAGCCUAUCCGCAAUCUCUGCUGCUGCCCCCAGGGCACUCCUGA